GCACUUUUGAGAGUUAGCAAGCUGCUAUCCGAAACAUGUCCGUAAAAUAGUAAGAAAGAAUUUAGAAAUAGAGUUUUUGUUGUUUUAGUUGGUGGCCCUCUCUCUGUCCGAGGAUGUUUUCGUCUGCGUGGAAUUUUAUAAAACGCCAUAAAAAGAAAUUUAUUUUCACCGGAGCUCUAAUUGGAGGCGUAUACCUUCUAGGUAAAUAUGCCCAGAAGAAGUUCAGUGAGAUCCAAGAGAGGGAGGCUACAGAGUACAUUGCUCAGGCCAGAAGACAGUUCCACUUCGAGAGCAACCAGAGGACCUGCAACAUGACUGUGCUGUCCAUGCUCCCAGCGCUCAAAGAAGCCAUCGUCACGCAACUCAACUCAGAAAGUCUCACAACACUACUCAAGUCCAAACCGGCUAAUAAACUGGAGAUCUGGGAAGAUUUAAAGAUCAUCAGUUUUACACGCACAGUUGUGGCGGUGUACAGCACCUGUAUGCUGGUGGUUUUACUGAGAGUCCAGCUGAACAUCAUUGGAGGAUACCUGUACCUGGAUAACUCAGUGGGAAAGAGCACAACGACCCCUCUUGCCCCCCCAGACGUCCAGCAGCAGUACUUGUCAAGUAUCCAGCACCUACUGGGAGACGGUUUGGCAGAGCUGAUAACGGUAGUGAAGAAGGCGGUACAGAGCUCACUGGGAAGCGUGUCUCUGAAGGAGACCUGGUCUCUGCUGGAGCUGGAGCAGCAGCUGAACUGGAUCAGAGCGGAGGUGGAGGCCAGCUCGAGGCGGUCUCUGUCCUGGUACCUGCUUGCAGAUGACGAGAACGUGCUGGCCGAUCAGGCGUGCGGGCUCACAGAGAAUGACAUUAUGACCAUAAAGCUGCUUAACGAGACUAGAGACAUGCUGGAUAGUCCAGACUUCACCACUGUCCUCAAAGUCUGUCUGAACCGAGGUUUCUCCCGUCUCUGUGACAACCUGGCCGAGUUCUUCCGCCCGCCUCCAAGUGACUCUGCCCCCAGCUGUGCACCUGAUAGUCUGUCUGCAGUCAGUCUGCCGCUGGCAAAGAUCAUCCCCAUCAUCAACGGUCAGAUCAACACCAUCUGCAGUGAGACCCCCAGUCACUUUGUUCAGGAGCUGCUGAUGAACGACCAGGUGAAGGAGUUUGCAGCCAAUGUCUACGAGACCUUCAGCACGCCGCAGGAGCUGCAGAAGUAAUUGUCUGGAUUGGACGAGAUGAGGAGGAGAAGCAGAGGGAGGAUUCGAGAGGAAGAAGAGUGGAGAUUAUUAAAGUCCUGGAUUGUCAGCUCCUCCUGAGACACUUUUCCUCCUCAGCAUCUCGCAAACUUCUCACUCCGUGAUUUGUGGCCACGGCAGGACAGCAGGGGUGUUCAAGCUCAGCGCCGUGAUGAAUUACCAAACGGGAGGAGGAAGAUGAGACCUCCACUGAGUCUUUAGUCAGAGCAGAGCCUGCAGUCAACUUUAGGACCAUUGCUGCUUGGGAACUGGAGUCCCAUUUAACCCAGUAAGGUGGCUUUUGUUUGCUCUGCACCUCAGCUGUGUGUUUGAAGCUCAGAAGAGUUUACAGUGUUUUUCUCUUUUUCUGUUCAAACUUCUGUAGUGGCCUGUUUGUAAGAUAGGUCAGGUGUGGACACAUUUCUGUUAUUAAUCAGUAUUUUUUUUAUUGUGGGGUUGCUGAAGCAGAUGGUGUUUUCAGAAUAUUUCAACUUAAACUUGGAUGAAGAAGCUAAUGAAAAUGUCAUGGAUAGUUAAAUCUGUAUGUUUGUUUUCAUUCUGGGAGUGUCACAUGGUGAUGGAAUGAGAGUAAAUGACCCAUUUUUAGAGCUCUACAAACAUUGGGAGGUUUGAAGGGUGCUGAUGGCGUGAGGUCUCUGGUCACAGGUUGAUCAGUCAGUGCACAGUGGUUUGUGUCACCUUUGGACCUUUUUUCACAUGUUUUCACUCCUAUUUACUGGUUGAGUUUGGGCACUAAAAUUCAUUCGGCUGGUCUUAGGAAAAGACGUGGUGGUUUGGGUUGAAAUGGGGCGCUCCACAACAGGAUAUGUGUGAAGCAUGACAGGCUGGGAGUGACAGUCGUAUGUCACCAAUGCUGUAAUCCAGUGUAUAUAGCUACGGAAAGAGACAGUGUGCAUAGCUGAGACAUGCCAAUGGCGUUGUCUUUCAUCCUGGAAACACCCAGUGUAGUUAACUGUUUUGUGUUUUUGUUUUUUUAUUAUUUGUUUUUAUAUGGAGCUAUAAAUUACAUAAAGACUUCAUUGAAUUUUAAUCUGUUUUCAUGCUACAGAUCUGUUUUGGAGGCUCUUUUAACUCUAACUUCUGCAGUUCCUUUGUUGUCCAGAAGGUGUCACACUUCUUCAACUGUUUAUAUGCUUAUUUCCAACCUUUAGCUUCACAUGAAGUUGCUUCCCCUGUUUUGAAGUUAUUGGUAUAAUAUUCUGGUCUUUGUGAAAAUGCAGCAUCAUUUUAUUUAAAUGGCACAGAUAUUUUUCUCAUUAAUUUCAAGUUAAUGUUAUUUUUGGUGCAAAAUCUUUCUAAUCUUUCCCAUUUUUCUUAUGCUCAUGUAUUUGACCACUUGGCUUUAGACUCAUCUGUAUAGACACAACAGGACUGUUAUUCAAAGCCCAAUCUUUCUCCUGUCGUCCUGCUGUGCUACAUAUUUUCACUCUCUGCCUACACAUGCUACAUCAGGCCCUUUUCUGAGACAUGGGCGCAUACCUCUCACGGUGAUGGAAAGAGCAGCAGUGUGUGCAUUUGCAACAAGGGCAGACAAACCUUUGCACUCUUUGUGUGUUGUUUGCAUUGUUUCUAGAAAAGUGUAACCCAACCUUUGAAUGUUGGAUGGUGUACCUACCCCUGGGCUGUCCUCUGAGAAAGAAACGUCUUUUGUAUUUUUGAAACAGUAAAAAUUCAUCCGGUAAAUCAGAAACUGAGUUUGUGAGAUGAAUUGUUUUAUGAAAUCGAACUCACAAGCAACUCACAAGGAUGCACACUUGUAUAUGCCUUUCCGUUAGUAUGGCAGCGUGUAUGCAGUCUUGUUAAAAUGAAUACUAGUUAGGCGCUGGUAUGAUUGCAGUUUUACAAAGGAGCAGCCACUGUUUGCUUUUAGAUGUGAAGCUGACACUGAGAUGCCAUCGGGUUGUGGGGAGGAAGAAGUGCAUGUGCAAAAGAGUUUAAAAGAAAUAGUCACACCUGAUCAGCUGAUCGUGUAGGUAGAACUGUGAUAAAUACUGCACUUUGAGCCCCUAUGAG